AUGGCGCCGCAGCAUCGCGCCACGCGGAAGCUCCGCGACGCGCUAUCGGCGCGCAUUGAGGCGUACGAGGCGGACAAGAUGGGUCGCCAGGCCGACAUGGCUCGGCACGCUGCAAUGGAGCAGAGAGCCGCCAAGAACGGCCGGCUAGCCAGCAACAUUAGCGGGGACAACGGUUACAUUGGCUAUGAUCGUGGUGAUAGUUCAUCAGGCUUAGGGAAUAGUUUCUCUGGCUUCCGCAAUGCACGUCCUGCUUCAAACGGGGGUUCGCGAUCCCCCCGGAAAAUCGAGGAAAUCCUGCCGUGCGUUCCCGAGGACGCUCCAAUCUCACCGUCGGAUUCAGAUGACUCGCUAGCAGCGCGCGAGGAAAAACUCCCGUUUCAAGGGUUCAGACGACGGCCUGUGGGACCCACCGCUAGUAGCACAUCCCGCAUUGUCACAUUUGACCCUGCUCUUAGUACCGACCGAGCCGCCUCUUCGUCUUCCUCCUCCUCCUCCUCUUCCUCCGCCGUCUCCUCGUCCUAUGGAGGAGCAUCGCUCGGGAUGCGCACAUGGGCGCAGAUAUCGGCGCGCUUGGCCUGGUUACUCUUCUGCCUCGUCUCCCACGCCAGCCACGUGGCAAAUGACUUCACCCUCCUCCUAGGCUUUUUCCUCACCGGGCAGGUGCUCACGCUGCCCGGCGCCGGCGCGUCGACGUCGCAGCACCUUCACCUGCCCGUUUUUGGCGCGACGAACGUGCACAUCGGGCCGGCGAAGGGUAACACGUCUGCGAAGUUUAUUCGCCCGGGCGUGAAGGGCGGCAUCAGCAUCAGCCGCAUGUGCAAGAACUGCGCCUCGUUCGUCAUGUACGCGGGAUGGAACAUGCCCGGCGCGCUCGUGACAAGGGUUUUGAGACGUCUCAAAACCUCUCUCUCCUUCACUACCCACAACGUAAUCGGCUUCUUUCUGUCGGAUUUCCCUUUUCGCGUGCUCCGUCUCGUCGUCCCUGCUCCUCUGCUCAUUCCUCUCCCCACUCUCUUCGCUCGUCUCCCAUCUCUCCUCUCUCCUCGCGCCUCAUGCCAGCGAACUCACUCCUCAGCUCCUCCCCUCUUUCCCCAAUACCCCUUUCCCCCCGUACAGAAGUUCCCCUACCAUUUGCUCAUCCUGCAGUUCGGCGCCUUCGUCACCACCACGGGCCUAACCCAUCUGUUGGAGCUGUUCUCAUACGGCCAUCUGCCGCGAUUCCUGCUGCUGGGCAUCACGGCGUGCAAGCUGCUCUCCGCGCUCAUCAGCUGCUGCACCGUGCUGCAGCUGGGGCUCGAGCUGAGCGAUAUCGCCAUGGUGCACGAGAGGACUGUGCAGCUCAAGAGCAAGACGGAGGAGAGCAACAAGGAGGUGACGCGGCUGAUGGAGGCGCACGAGGUGGAGCAGCAGCUGCGGCUGAUAGGCCAGCGCAUCCGCAGCACGCUGGACCGCGGGGUCAUCAUCAGCACCGCGCUGCUCGAGCUGCGCGACCUGCUGGGCCUCGAGAACGCCGCGCUCUGGCUGCCAGCCCCUAACGGGCGGUCCCUGGAGCUGACGAAUGAGUGCGAGCACAGAGUGAAUCCCAUGCUCACACUCGUGCCGCUCAAGGACAAGGUCGUCUCGCAGGUGAUAGCCAACCGCGCAGCCAUGAUCAUCCCAUCAUCCUGCCAGCUUGUCGAGUGCUCCGCACUGCCGCCCCCACUAGGCUCGGGCCGAACCAUUGAGGGAGGCGCUGCUGCCGUGCCGGUGACACUGGCAGACCCAGCCACGCCGGGAGCAAGGAGCCCUCAGGACGCGGCCUCCAUGGAGUAUGGCGUGCUCGUGUUGCUGCUGCCGGGGGAGGUCGCGGAGAAGGGCAAGGGGGGCGCAGGCGGAGGCGGAGGGGCGGGUGGAGGGGGAGGGGGAGGCGGAGGGGGAGAGGGCGGGUUGAAGAAGUUCCGCCAGGAGGUGCUGGAGAAGGUGGAUACGGUUGCUGAGCAGCUGGCAGUGGCGCUGCGGCAUGCGGGGGUGCUGGAGGCGAGCCGGCAGGCACACGAGGUGUUGCUGGAGGAGGGCGAGCAGCUCAAGCAGGCCAACCUGGAGGGCAAAUCCGCUGUCAAGGCGCGAGACAACUUCCUGCAGGUGAUGAACGCCAAGAUGCGGACGCCAAUGCACUCCAUCACGGCGCUCUCAUCCCUUCUCGCCGAGUCGGAUCUGAACGACGAGCAGCGCUCCAUGGCGGAAACCGUCGCCUUCUCUUCAACCCUCCUCGCCUCGCUGCUGUACGACAUCCUCGAGUUCUGGCGCCUGGAGGAGGACAACAUGAAGCUCGUGCUCGGCCCCGAGCAGUUCGAGCUGCCGGCUCUGGUUACCGAGGCGGAGACGUUAUCAUCCCCCAUCGCCAAGGACAAGGGCAUCAUGCUGACUUUCAAGGCGGAUCCGAACUUGCCGGAGAGUGUGAUCGGGGACGGCAACAGGCUGCUGCAGGUCCUACUGAACGUGAUAAACAACGCCAUCAAGUACACAAACACGGGCACCAUCACCGUGACCGUGGCCCCCGAGCGCAUGGAGUGGGCGCGCGACGGCUUUGUGCUCAAGGCGGAGGCGGGCCACACGUUCAUCCGCUUCGAAGUCAAGGACUCGGGCGUGGACCUUCAAGCUGCGGAUAUUCCGAAGCUGUUUGACAAGUUCCAGGAAGACGAGACCAAGGGCAGCAGGACUGGAUUGGGGUUGGCGCUCUCCCGCAAGUUCGUGCAGCUGAUGAACGGGCACAUAUGGAUGGAGAGCAACGGGCGGGGCAAGGGAGCGACAUGCAAGUUCCUGGCCAUGCUCAAACUGGACGCCGAGGGCAGCGACCGCAGCGACGAGGACGAGGACGAGGGGCCUGACGUCAACUUCUUUGCUUUGCGGAUCAUGGUGGUGGAUGACAACAUGGUGAAUCGACUGGUCACAAAGCGUCUUCUGGAUCGCAUCGGCAUCUCAACGCGUGUGGUGGAGUCGGGCAAGGAGUGCCUGCGCAUCCUGGCGGAGGAGCAGGACGAGGAGAAGUACGAUGUGCUGCUGCUCGACCUCAUGAUGCCCGAGAUGGACGGGUACACAGUGGCAAACAAGAUCCGCACAGAGCUCAAGGCAGAGCUGCGGCCGAUGAUAGUGGCGCUGACAGCCAACGCGGACGAGACCACCAAGGACCAGUGCCUGCGCCACGGCAUGGCCGGCAUGAUCACCAAACCCAUCUCGCUCAACGCGCUUCGUGAUGUGCUCGGGAAAAUGCUGGACCAGAACGCGCGGAAUAACUGA